GCCCGUCUGUCACUCCUCCCUCCUCUCUUGUCUGGGUCCGUCUGGGAAGGCUUUGGUGCAUCGGCGGAGAACGGGAGGCUGCUAGGACGCGAUUUGGAGUUGGGAGAGUUUGAUUCUUCGAAUUUGUGGCCUCCCCUAGACGCUUAAGGACUGUCAUCGGGACAAAUUGCGAGCAUUCCGGUUGUUAUUUUCAUUUUUUCCUCCCCCAUUGCCUCAAGCGUUUCAGUCCUCCGGCGAACAACAGUCCGCACACCCAGCUGCACUGAUAGCGGUCCACAGCAAGGCGAGAUAAACCGGUGAAGAUGUCUGGCUAUCAGGGAAAGAAGAACAUUCCCCGCAUUACAAGUGACCGUCUCCUGAUCAAAGGAGCAAAGAUUGUGAAUGAUGACCAGUCCUUCUGUGCUGACAUUUAUAUGGAGGAUGGAGUCAUCAAACAAAUUGGGGAAAACCUCAUUGUUCCUGGUGGGGUAAAAACCAUUGAUGCCCAUGGGCGCAUGUUGAUGCCAGGUGGCAUCGACGUGCACACCCGUUUCCAGAUGCCCGAUCGGGGCAUGACAUCAGCUGAUGACUUCUACCAGGGCACCCGUGCUGCAUUAGCAGGGGGCACCACCAUGAUCAUUGACCAUGUGGUACCUGAGCCGGGUGUCAGUCUGAUGUCUGCCUUCGAUCAGUGGCGUGAAUGGGCUGACAGCAAAUCCUGCUGUGACUACUCCCUGCAUGUUGACAUCACCGAGUGGCACAAGGGCAUCCAGGAAGAGAUGGAGACCCUAGUGAAGGACCACGGUGUCAACUCUUUCCUUGUCUAUCUGGCUUAUAAGGAUGUUUUCCAGCUUACCGACUCUCAGGUGUAUGAAGUGUUUGGUGUCAUCCGUGAUCUCGGAGCCAUCGCCCAGGUUCAUGCUGAGAAUGGAGACAUUGUGGCUGAGGAGCAGCGUCGGAUCCUGGAGCAGGGUAUAACUGGGCCUGAGGGACACGUGUUGAGCCGUCCUGAGGAGGUGGAAGCGGAGGCUGUCAACCGCUCCGUGACUGUGGCCAAUCAGACCAACUGCCCUCUCUACAUCACCAAGGUGAUGAGCAAGAGUGCUGCCGAUGUCAUCGCUCAGGCCAGGAAGAAGGGCACCGUGGUCUAUGGGGAGCCAAUCACUGCCAGUCUAGGAACAGACGGCUCACACUACUGGAGCAAGAACUGGGCCAAGGCUGCUGCCUAUGUCACUUCCCCUCCACUGAGCCCUGACCCAACCACACCUGAUUAUCUCAACUCCCUGCUAUCCUGUGGCGACCUGCAGGUGACAGGCAGUGCUCACUGCCCCUUCAACACUUCCCAGCGUGCUGUGGGCAAAGACGACUUUAGCUUGAUCCCUGAAGGCGUCAAUGGCACUGAGGAGAGGAUGUCCCUCAUUUGGGACAAGUGUGUGGUGACGGGUAAGAUGGAUGAGAACCAGUUUGUGGCAGUGACAAGCACCAAUGCUGCAAAGAUCUUCAACCUGUAUCCCCGCAAGGGUCGCAUCUCUGUGGGUUCAGAUGCUGACCUGGUGUUGUGGGACCCAGACAUCACCAAGAUUAUCUCUGCCAAGAGCCACAACUCGACUGUGGAGUACAACAUCUUCGAGGGCACAGAGGUGCGUGGCGGACCGCUGGUGGUGAUCAGCCAGGGCAAGAUUGUCCUGGAGGACGGGAACCUCCAUACCACCGAGGGUUCGGGACGCUAUGUGGCCCGGAAACCCUUCCCUGACUAUGUCUACAAGAGGAUAAAAGCCCGCAGCAGGCUGGCUGAGCUGAGGGGAGUACCCAGGGGACUGUACGACGGGCCGGUCUGUGAGGUGUCAGUCACCCCUAAAACCAUGACCCCUGCCUCCUCUGCCAAGACCUCACCCGCUAAGCAGCCGUCCCAGCCUGUCCGUAACCUGCACCAGUCUGGCUUCAGCCUAUCUGGCGCGCAGAUCGAUGACAACGUUCCUCGCCGCAACACCCAGCGUAUAGUGGCGCCACCAGGUGGCCGGGCCAACAUCACCAGCUUGGGUUAAAGCUCUGCCACUGGCCAACGAGGGGAAAUGAGGGGUUUGAGGAAGGAGGGCCAUCAGGGGCUGAGGGGGUCAAGAAACCACAUCUACACCAGGAGCCAAACCCUCCACAGUGCCUGACUCGGCCGUCUACCAGCCUCAAUCUCUCACCACCUUCUCCGCUCUGUCACGUUCCCACUCUCCCCCUCCCCAACACCCCAUCCUAGAGGAGACACCUAGAAAAAAAUCUGCCUCGUAUGAACGGGGAAAAAAAAAGAAAGAAAAAAAAGAAAAAAAAUGGCAACACUCCUUAUUUGAGCACUUUUGACUGUAUUAUUUAGUUUUUUUUAUACUGUAAUUUCUCCCUGCCAUGUAUCCUUUUAUUCUUUGUUUUGUUUUUAUUUUGUUGUUGUUGUAAUUGAGGGAUCAAGUGAGACUAAAGCGAACAGAAUUACGAAUGGCUGAUAAUUUUCAUAAAGGAUUUUCAUUCUAUUUCCAUCCUUUUUGUUUGUUUGUUUUUUUUUUCAUUUUGGAAGUAGGGUGAAUGAAUGAAGCAUGGGUACAAAAGCAGUAUUAGUAUCCUUUCUUUUCUCCUUUUUUUUUGUCCAUUUAAUACGUGUAACAGUAGGUUGCUUGAAUUUUUAAUACAUCUUAUGGCUGCUUCAGCUGAUAAGUAUCUAAUACUUCCCUCAAGCUGUUCACUAUCUGUGAUUUGUAUGUUAUGUAUUCCAGCAGCUUCGCUCGCCAUCUGUCAGUACAAUAUGUCACCGAUUAGUUGCUGAGAGGACGACCUGGAGAUUUUGAAGAAUUAAACAACACAGCCACCGUUAGCGGCAAACUAUUUUUUAAGUCCAGGGUUAGGCUCUCCUCUGCACUGGCACUCAUCUCAUGUCAUCCCACCCACAGCUUUGCGAAGGUACAUAAGUGAAAAACCAUGCUCAACCUUUGGCAGCUGCUUUAGAGCUUUUGUGUUGGCGGGAACAUCCUGGAGAGCAGAAGAAGCCUUGGCAGGUACUAAUCGAGCUCUGUGACACAUCUCCAAGGGCUAGGCCAUCGCUAAGCGGGAGAGGGUUGACGAAAGGGAAAGAUACGGGAAGGAGAGAGAACGUAAUAGUCACUCGCAUGUCAAACACCGCCUCUCCUUGCCUUAUCCCACCGGUGUUGUCGUCCUUUUAGCGAAGUUGCAAGUCACUUGUUGUGUUAGAAAGGCGCCAUCCUCUGAGCAGCUCAUUCUGUUUGCAUUCCUGUGGAUCUUCAAAAGCCACACUUUUAGUCGCCAGCUGUUGUAGCCUCUGUUGCGUUGCCCCAGAAUGCCGCAUACCGUCCAUCACCAAACAGUGCAUUUACAUAUAGAGUAGUGAAUGUUUAUCUUCUCCAAGGUGACUCUUUUAUACUCAUCAGAAAUCCCUCUUUCCUUUCUACUCUUUAUGUGCCUGAACCCACAGAAGUUGUACUGAUAGUUUGAUUUUGUUUUAUUAUUCUUAUUGAGGUAAGCGAAGGAUGUAAGAUAAAAAGAUGUAAAAUAGCCAGGAUUAACCGAUUCAAAGGUGCCAGAUUUUGCGCUUUCAUAGGGCCUAUUCUACUGGUAGCGCCCCUGUAAAGACGAAAAAUGCUUGAUUAUCUUGAAAUGUUCUAAUGUUUUAGAGUUUUUAACUGUUGUCAAACUGCUUUUUAGUGUCAUUCUGUAACUAGGUGCCUAAGGGCUGAGCACUAUUGAUUUAUGCUUGAAAGUAGACAUGAGCUAAUGUACUAGUGUGCAGUGUUGAUGUGUGAGGGAUGGGACACACACAGCAGGUUCUUGUACAGCACUCUUCAUGCCGCAGACAUGGCCUCGGGCGAUGCCAUACGGUCAUAUGCUCCCGUUCCUUUUUUCGCAUGGUCUGGUUUUCAUUAAGCCAAGCAGACCUCCAACUGUUUUUCUUUCUUCACUCCUAUGUCAACGAGAUCUUGGCCACCACUCACCUCUCCUCUGCAGUCUUUGCCUUUUAAUCUCCAUGACUCAACACGGAGCAACACACUCACCCUCACAUGCACAUAGCCAGGUCUGACACACACAUGCUUGCACACACACAGACACAUACACACGCAGAUGCAGAACAAGUAGUGUCUGAGUGUCCUUCCAGCUCUGUGCUUGUGGUUACAACCCAGUUUUCACAGGCUUCGUUCUGUUCUCAUCUGAAGCCUAAAGAAGGCAAAGUCUGUCAGUGUUACUAAUGGUAUAUGCAUGUAAGGAAUCCAACGCCGGGGAAAUGAGGAAAUGCAUGUCUCCUGAGCAUUCAGAGAUGAGACGAGAUAGAAAUAAAAAUGGUAACACAGCUAUGUUAACAUCACACACUAAUGUUCAAGGCUCCUCAAGCCAACACAGCAAAGCCGUUGUAUAUUACAAAUACUUUGGCCUACUUUGGCCUCUUCACUUUCCUGUAUUUUUCCCUUGAGAUAUUUCGGCCAUUGUAAUUUUGAUUGCUGUUAUCAUGAGCAUACUUAAGCAGCUAAUGACGCUGGCCUCUUUGAAAAGCAGGGUGUUUAUCAAGGAAAAUCCCUUGCCAGGGUUUUAGCAUCUCUUCCGCAUGAGUCUCACAGUUGCUCAAAUUAUGCUGGAAUGCAAAUCUGUAACGACAGAGGGAGACAGGUUUGAAAAGGUUAAUCUCUCUAUUAAUACUAAAUUGAAUACACCCUUACUUUAGGCAGGAAGGGAGGUGAAGCUGGUUUAGGGGGAAACUCCUCAGGCACAAAUACGAUCUGGCAGCAAGCAGAGCUUAUAUGUGUCUCUCCUGAGCCUAAAAGUAUGCAUCUUGUAGGCUGUUUUCCACGUCACUCCUUCCUUUCAAUUCUUCUCUAUCCGUCUUUCUCUCUGUCCCUCUCUCUCUCUCUUUCUCUCUCCCUGGCUCUUCCAUUGUUUCUGGUUGUUGCCGUGACGACAGGCCCCUCACCUCACCCAGGGCUCUGUUUUUUGUUUGUCAUGGCAACGCUUGUCAGAUUGGAAGUUGCCAUUAGCAACACUUCCUGACCUGGUGCUAUUAGAACAACUUUGCACGCACACACAGACAGACAGACGCAUGCAUGCUUACACACACACGCACGCACACACACACACACACGCGCACUCACACACACUCACACACACAUUUUCAUAAUUAUUCUGUGACAGUGUUGCACCAUUUCUAUAUAAUCUCUGGUGAGUUGUGGAAUCCAGAUGCCGCCACUGCUUUAAAA